AUGGGCGAUUUACCAAGAGAUCGAGUUAUCCCAUCUCGACCAUUUGAAAAGUUGGGACUCGAUUUCGCUGGUCCCAUAAUUACUAAACCUAAUCUAAAAAGAUCUAGGGUGACUUUAAAAUCAUACAUUGCAAUUUUCAUAUAUUUUAGUACAAGAGCUACUCAUUUUGAAGUAGUGUCUGAUUUGACUACUGAGAGUUUUUUAGCUUGUCUUAGGAGAUUCAUAGCUAGGCGGUCAAAACCCUCAAUCAUAUGGAGUGAUAAUGCCACUAAUUUUAAGGGCGCAAAAAAUAUUUUGGAUUCUCUGCUAAAAGCAUGCAAAUCGGAUUCCGUGCAAAGAUUUUGUGCCAAGGAAGGUAUAGUGUGGAACUUCAUACCUCCAGCAUCUCCUCACUUCGGUGGAUUAUGGGAGGCAAAUAUUGGAGCUAUGAAACGGAUCUUGUUGAAGGUGACUAAAUCAACAGUGUUGACUUUUGAAGAGCUUACUACGCUGGUGACACAGAUUGAAGCAGUUUUGAAUUCAAGACCACUGUGUCCUCUUUCUGCCGAUCCAGCUGAUAUUCAACCUUUGACACCUGGCCAUUUUUUGGUGGGAGCACCACUGUUGUCAAUACCAGAACCCAGUGAUUCCUUGACUAACAUUUCUUUAUCUUCUAGAUGGUCUCUCAUCCAGUCUCUUAGAUCCAAAUUUUGGAAAAGAUGGAGUCAAGAAUAUCUCAACUCCUUGCAGUCUCGAGCUAAAUGGAAACUACCUGAACUGAACAUCAAACCCGGACAGCUGGUACUCCUGAAGGAUAAUAGCAAGAGCCCCAUGGAAUGGAACUUGGCCCGAAUUGAAAGGAUAUAUCCUGGAACAGAUGGACUAGUCCGUGUCGCAGACAUCAGAACCCCUAAAGGAAUUUUUCGGCGAAGUAUCAACAGACUCUGCCCACUCCCUUUCGAAGAAGGUGUUGGACAACUGUCCAACGGGGGCCGGGAUGUUCCGUCUUAGAGACGCCUUUCCCCUAUUCCAGCUGUAGUCAUCAGGAAACCGGCGCAUGCGCAGUUUCUGUUGAACUUUGAUACGCUUCUUUUUUAUUACUUUAUGAUUCAGAAUUUUGUAAUGCCUAUUAGAGAUGUAACGGAUGUGUCUCCUGUUGCUGUGUGUGCGCGUGCUUUUGUGAUGUUAUGUUAAUGUGCUUCAGAUGUCUUCGUCAGUAGCUGCUUUAUGUA